AUGUUCGAGCAAUACAAAGAGAAAAUUGAUGAUCUUUUUGUUCUUAUUUACAUGAAUUUCGAAGAAUUUUCAAACGAAAUGCACUUUUUGGAAGAACUGUUUGUCACAAAAAUGGUCAACCAUUUGUACGAAACAAAAGACACAGAACUGUUUAAAUUGUAUAAUACUAUAUUCGAAAAGGUUAUUUUCUUCCACGCGAACAUGAUUUCGCCAAUUCUUUACUACGAAAAUUCCAUUUUCGAGCAAACUGACAAAAUUUUAAUUAUCAAUUCUGAAUUUGACAUUUACAAGUUCUCCAAGUGUUUGAUGAAGACUAAGGAGCAUCAUUUCACAUUUGGACUGAAGUUUGAUGCUAAAGGAGACUGGAUUGACGCGAAUAUAGCUCUUUCUAUUUUGUGUUUGAGUGAGAAAACAAAAAUUUUGGUUAAUCCUGUUUUUGAUUUCAUGAUUUUCUCGUUUUUGAACAGAAUCGAAUACAUUGACCAGAAACAGCAUUUCAGCCAACUCAAUGGCGUUGUCGUGAACCAUCCAAUCCUUAAGCAAGCCCUGCAGUUCGCUCAGUACUCCCACGCGAUGAAAAACAAAAUUGAACAUAAUUUGAUACAAAAUCCAUUUUUGGAUGAAAACGAGUCGAAAGAACUGAUUGAGUCGAUCACUCCUUUCGAGUUCAUGAACAAACUCACGCAAAAGCAGAAGGAGUACAAUUCAAAGAACAUAAACACAACAAUCAAACUGAACAAAGACGUAACAGAAAUGCUGAUGAAAGUCGAAAGAAAAAUGAAUAAAAUGAGGACAAAAUAUCAUUUCUACGAAGAUUACGGUAACCAAUCAUGGAUAUUGUUAUGGAAACAGUUGUACAGCGAAAGAGGUCCUUGGUAUAACUCAUCGAGUGACCACCAAAUCAUGAAGACAAUAAGAGAAAAUUGUUUCUGUUUUGUUCCUGUCAAAAUUUGCAACGAAGAAAACUAUUUCAACAUGUUCGAAACAGCAAAUGAAGGCUACAAACCAUUGUUUGGAUGUGAUUGCUCGAUAGUUACAAUCAGAGAGACUUUCGAAAUGAAGUUUGAAAUCACAGAAACGAAUAUUGUUUUUGACAAGAAAUAUUUAAUCGAAAUUUCUUCGAUUUCGAAAAUAUUUUUCAGAAAGAACAACUCGUUGGAAUUGCUGCUAAAAUCGAAAGAAAUGAUAUUAAUCAGAUUCAAAGAAGUAGAAAACAAAGAUGUCGCAAAGAAAAUUUAUGAAAUAAACCACUUGAUUUCGAUAGAAGAAAUCGAUUUGAAUCAAAUCAAAAGAUGGAAGAAAAACUUGAUCUCAAACUUCGAACUGAUUUCGUAUUUGAACUCAUUCGAAGGAAAUUCCUACAACGAUAUCGAAAACUACCCAAUAUUCCCAGACAUAAACAGCCAUUACGUCAAUGUCGUUUAUUCAAAACAAUACGUGAAAGAAAUUUUGUCGAAAAUUGAAGAAAACAAGAAAAUCAAUUUCGAUGUGAAAUCAUUUUGCAUUCCAGAAGAAUACUGCAUGCCAUUAGUCUAUGAAGACAUCCACAUAUUAUCGCAAAGACAUGUUGAAUUGGAAAGCGAAGACAACAUCGAUUUCGUUGUAGAAUGGAUCAACAAAAACUUUUCUUCUGUUUUAGAAACAAGUUUGACGAAAAGAGAACAAAAAGAAAGAGAAAUCGUCCAAUUGGAUGGAAUCAUCAGUAAUGAUGCUGUUGUCAGUUCAUUCAUCGACAGCAGAUCUAAGAUGUUCACUAUUUUGUCGCAAAACAAAAUUUUCUUCGGAAAUUACACUUUGAGUGGAGAAGCAAAUUUGACUGAAACAAAACAAAUCAAAUUGCCUCCUUACGACAAAGUCUAUUUCGUUAAUUUGUCAACAAUAGUUUUAAUUCUUAAUUCACCAGCGAUGUUUUCAAUCUACGACUUGAUGACUGACAUUUUCAUUGUAGAAUCAAAAAUAUCCGAAAUUGGCGAAAUAACAAAUGUUUCUUAUACAGAAAACUACAUCUCCUUCUGCAGCGAAAACGCUUCGAACAUGAUAUACAAGGAUUAUUUGCCUUACUUCACAGUUCAUCUCUUCAAAGAGUCAGUUGUCUGCUCUGCAGUUUCAAACACAUUCCAAUCAAUUGUCAGCGCAAUGUGUGACAGAUCAUUGAUCAUUACGAAGCUCCAAAAUGGAUCACUCCAGAAGGUGAUUCACCUCAAGAACAUGCAGUGCAGAUUGCUCACGAUCACACCAUCAUUGGGAGUCAUUGUCAGCUACUGCACAAAAGUAAGUGGAGGAAGACUUCUCCACUACAUUCUCUCGCAUGAUAUCAACGGAAAUUACAUUGGAGAGAAGGAAAUUCACGGAAAAAUAACAAUAAUGUCGAGUUUCUCCUACAAAGGAAUCGAACUCGUCAUCCUUUGCAAAGGAGUGAGAUUCAUCAUCAUAAACGCGCUGACGCUACAAACGUUGAUGAGUACAAGUGCUGGAGAACAGAUUUCAUCCAUUUCAUUCGACACAAGAUACUCAGUGUUGUCGAUGGUGACAAACCAGUGCACAAUUAAGUCACUGAAGAUCAACAUCGAAAACGAAUUGUUAUUAAUGUAA